AUGGAUUCAGUGAUUGAUUGGAUGGUAAAGAUUCCAUUCCAGAACUGGGCUGCUCAUGUGUUUAUAGGAGAAAGGUAUGGUGAGAACACAUCUAACAUUGCAGAGAGUUUUAACAGUAUGAUCAAGCAUGAUAAGCGGCUUCCAGCACUUGAUCUUAUCGAAUGUAUUCGUGCUAAGGUAAUGGAGCAUAACUACAAGAGGUUGGUGGAGUCUAGUAAGUGGACUUCAAAGCUUACUCCCCGGAUGCAGGUUAGGCUCAACAAGAGGGUGACCGACUGUCGUUUUUAUAAGUUCCGUAGAUCAAUUGAUAGAGUUUUUGAGAUCCUUUCUCCUACUGGAAAGCACACAGUCGACUUGGAUGCUAAGACAUGCACUUGCUAUUGGUGGCAGAAGCAUGGUUUCCCUUGCACCCAUUCGAUGAAAGCGAUGUUGCAUAUUGGGCCAGACGAACCUUACAAGCAUAUCAUUCCGUAUUACACCACCGAGUACUAUAGAGGUCUAUAUGCUCGUCUUAUCUAUCAUAUCCCCGAUACUGAGAGGCCUCCUAAAAUUAAUGAGGAAGGUUAUGUUUUGCCUCCCAAUGGUGGUAUAGAAUCAGCUGGAAGGCCAACUACUAUAAGGUACAGGGGUUCUCGAGAGAAAGUUCGCAAGAAAAGGAAGUGUGGUCAGUGUGGGAGACUUGGCUUCCACAACCGUCGUAGAUGUCGCAGAUCUCCUUUAGCUCCUCGUGCACCAGUGUUUCGCAGGGAAUCUAAUUCCAGGAUGAUCAACUUUUUGAGCAGGAUGUUAUUCUGA